AUGUCCUACCUCAACACCAGCAACGGCGUUUUGACGCCCUCGUCGUCAUCCCUCUCCAGCAUCGGCGACGAGAUCGUGACCACUGGGUUGCAAGUAAACUCACAACACAGACGACGGCGGGCGCCAGCGUCGGCGCGGUCACUCCCGCAAGAGCGCACGGCCAUGUAUGUCGGCUCGAGCAGUCAGGAGGACAACGACUCGAGCGAUACCGAUGACGAGGACAGGCGACUCGCCAGCUCGGCGGAGAACAUUGCAUCGGCGCCCGAGGAUGACGAAGCGGACGAUUCAUCGGGGGACGACGACGACGAGUCCGAUGAUGGCGACAACGCCACGGCCUUGGCUGGGCGCACAGCGGAUCGACCGACCUUUCAGCCACAGCCCAAUGCCUUCUCGCACCCUCCAAGCCACCCCCAGAGGAGCUACUCUACCAACGCCGCAACGUCGUCCCACCCGCACAGUGGCUUCACGAGGCCGUCCUUUUCGCAGCGCUCGCAGACGCGCGUGCAUCGUGGACCGCAGUUCAUGUCGCCGUCGUCGCGCGAGGACAAUGAGGAGGCGUUGCGAGCGUCCCUGACGACCUUGCUGUCAUGCGCGGCUGCGGCACGAGGAUUACCAAAGCCCAAGGAAGAGGCAGAGGCCCAACGGAUAGCGAGGAACGGCGUGGGACCGAGUAAUCAGCUCAUGGAUCUGCGUCUCGUCCCUGAGUCUGAGUUAAUGGGCGAGGGUGAGCCAGCGCUGCAGGCCGUGGGCGACUCGUCGCGUAGAAAGAGAUCUUCGCCCGCGCGAUCACCCUCGCGGAACAAUGGGAGCUCGGGCAAGGUGAAGAGAAGCUCCUCGGCACGGGCCUCCAAGAAGAAGAAGACGGCCGUGGUCGAGGAUGAGACGUUUGUGUCACCCACGCUACUUACCUGGGUGGUGAGCGCGGGUGUCGUGGUGCUCGUGUCCGUCGUGGGCUUUGGUGCAGGGUACGUGAUUGGGAGGGAGGUUGGGCGUCAGGAGGGUCUCUCUGCUUCGGUGGGCGGCGUCAACGACACGGCAUCGUGCGGUCGGGAGGCGAUCCGGGGGUCCUCUGGAACCCUGCGACGAUUCAAGUGGAGCAGCGUGGGGAAGAGUAUUGUGGCCUGA